AUGAAACCGCAUUUGAGUUUCAUAGUUGCCUUUGGCUUGGGAUUGUGCAUUGCCGCUUCGCUCUUUUCUUUGGUGAGCAUUGCUGGCGGUGGCUGGAACGACAAGGAGAAAGUUGAGGAGGAUGGUCGUAUUACUCCGUCAGGAGCGCAACGUCAACUUCUUCGAACGCUAAAGAAGAUUUCUGACCAGCAAGCUCUUCUGCAAGAACAGCUACAGCAACGGUCCCAAGAAUUUGCCGUCCAACAGCGAACACCAAUAGCAUUGCCAUUAGAUUUAGCAUCAUUGCGACAAAAUGGUGAAUUCCAACCAAUCAAGGGAGAAGGCCCCAACAAUGAUCAUUGCGUGAUACAACAUCCGUUCUUGGAAGCAGAUCAGAUUUACCAUUUGGUGAAGCUUUGGUGGUCCGCCAACUGCUCCGCAAACACUACCAAGUUCAAGAAGUGCACUUUCCGAUCGAUCGGGCGUCACUUGCUGCACCAUGCCAUCCAACAAGACAGGACGCUUGUCACACUCCAAAUUGGUGCGAUGGAUUGA